AGCAACAGGCGAGCUCAGUAGAUACAGAAUCGCCGGUGGAGUCGACCGCCCGAACGCGGCCUAUUCGCGAACAACUUCAAAUAAAUAGUAUAAAUACCCACAAAGCUUGCUUUGAUAACCGUUGUACUACCGGAUAACAUUCAUCAACAAACAAAGAUGAUACGAUUAUUGCCCAAAUACGAACUGCAGAAUAGAUGACUCAAUCGUGAGAAAUAGUAUCAUAGAGCGACCACCAUUCAAAUGUAGCGUUAAGUGAUGAACAAUACGUGACAAUGUUAGCCGACGACACCCGGUACGGCAAUGACACUUCAUACAGGAGCGGGUUUUCUAACUACAUUUAUGAACCAAGUUUGCUGUCGCUUCUUAAUGGUAAAAACCGGUCAAGUUUCAAGGAUGUGCUCGUCGCCCUGGAAGACUGGAGGAGUAGGAACAACAUCUCUGUCAGGGUUAGCAGCGAGUGCUCGGAGCUGGAUUACUGCUCGGGGGAGUUUCGAGAUAUUAUACUCGCUUACAACAGUAUACAUGGAUACGUUAGCCUGUUGGUAUGCCUGUUUGGUAGCCUGGCGAACGCCCUGAACGUGGCGGUGCUGACGCGGCGCGACCUGGCCGCGGCGCCCAUCAACCGGCUGCUCAAGUGGCUGGCCGUGGCCGACGUGUUCGUCAUGCUCGAGUACGUGCCCUUCGCCGUCUACAGGUACCUGAUCCUGCCGGCACAAGAGGAGAGGCCGCACUCGUGGGCAGUGUACAUGCUGUUCCACAUGCAUUUCACACAGAUCUUGCACACUGCGUCCAUACUCCUCACGCUGUCCCUGGCUGUCUGGCGAUAUAUAGCUAUCAAGUACCCUUCACACAGCCCAAUGCUAUGCACUGAUCGUCGUUGCUCCAUGGCGAUUCUUAUUAGCUUCGUCUUGCCGCCGAUUCUAUGUAUUCCUUCAUAUUUCGUGUUCACAAUACACAAGGACUUCACGAUAGACGUGAGCUCAGGGGCCGCCAUGAAAGUUUACUUCGUCGAUUCAGACUUCGAUGGCAGUCUUUACCAAAUAAACUUUUGGGUCCACGCGGUUUUUAUAAAACUUUUACCCUGCGUCAUCCUCACUGUUAUUAGCGCGUGGCUCAUCCGGGCUUUAUAUCGCGCUAAUACCAGGAAAAAGGCCCUCAAGAGCUACAACGCGUGUCCGUCGGACACGACCGUCAAUGGCAACGGAAACAUUUUCACAAGAAAAUCGACCAAGCGCUCAAAGGCUGAGCGGCGCACGGACCGGACCACCAAAAUGCUGCUUGCUGUUCUCCUGCUAUUCCUGAUCACAGAGUUUCCUCAGGGAAUUCUGGGUUUGCUGAGCGGUGUGCUGGGGCGCUGCUUCUUCAAGCGCUGUUACGACCUGUUCGGGGAGCUGAUGGACGCGCUGGCGCUGCUGAACGGAGCCAUCAACUUCGUGCUGUACUGCUCGAUGUCGCGCCAGUUCCGCACGAGCUUCGGACAGAUAGUGCGCGCGCGCUGUGCGCCCACGCAGCGCGCCGCGUCUCACACCGAACUUCAGACUACUGUCGUUUGAAUUUGGAGACAAAGUCUCUUAACUA